CUCUUGAAGAAAGAUUACAGAAAAAGAAAAAACUAAAUUUAUAAAAUUUAAUUAAUUAAUCUUUAAUUGCUUAGUUUUAAUAGUUAUUGGAGUAAACAAAUAAUUACCGUCAGUCAUGGGUAAUGUUGGAGCAAGCUCAAAACCUAUUCAAGAUCCAAAAUUCGAUCUGCCUGCAGAAAGUCAAAUCGAAUCAAAACAGAAAAAGCCUCUUGAAAAUCCUGGCACAAUGGAAGAAUUACAUAAAAAAUGCAAGGACUUAAUGCCAGUGUUUUUCGAAGGAGCUAAACUUAUGAUCCAACAAAAUAAACUCACAGCCGCUCAACUGACAACAGACUACAAAGGAAGUGACUUCACAAGUUCACUGACAGUUGGAAAUCCAAACCUUAUUAAUAGUUCUGGCGUCUUAGUUGGACAUUAUUUACAAGCUGUUACGAACAAAUUAUCGCUUGGUUCUGAAAUUGCGUAUCAAUAUGGACCGCAAGUGCCGGGUGGUGAAAUAGCAAUUGUAUCUGCAGCUGGACGAUAUGGUGAUGAGAACUCGGUGUGGAGUGGUACGAUUGGAUCAUCAGGUGUUCAUUUGUGCUAUUAUCAGAAAGCAAGCGAACAACUUCAGGUUGGUGUUGAAUUAGAGACAAGUUUCCGAAUGCAAGAAGCAACUGCGACCAUUGGAUAUCAAGUAGACUUACCAAAAGCCGAUUUAGUGUUUCGAGGUAUGGCUGACACCAACUGGAAUGUAGCCGCAGUGCUAGAAAAGAAGCUUCAACCUCUGCCAUUCUCAUUCGCUCUCAGUGGACUGCUGAAUCACCAGAAAAAUUCCUUCAGGCUCGGUUGUGGUUUAAUAAUAGGUUAGUCAGUCAUUUGUAAUGUCCCAAUCAUAAAUGGGCUGCCGAGUCUUCUUUUGUAGAAAAAAAACGAGAAAUUAAAAAAAAACUCUUUAAUCUUCGUUGAGAAAAACAGAGAGAAAUGGCUUAGUAGAGAUUUUCUUUUAUAGCGAACUGAAAAAAAUUAUGAUUAAUUGAAGAAAAAAAAAUGUUGCAACAUAAAAUAUAUAAUUAAAAUAAAAUAUGAAAAGUUUCCGAAAACAAGAAAAAAAAACAAAGCAUAAUAGGCUCAGCUUACCGCUUAGUCCAAUUAAGAAGAAAAAAGAUAAUUGCAUUUAAAAAUCCAUUCUUGUAAACAAAAUUCUUAAGUUGAAGCUCUUCGGUUUUGACGGUUUUGAUUUUAAAUUGGUUUUUUUAGUUUUAAAUAUAAAUUUAUGUUUUACUUUUUGCAAUGAUGAAUUUCAAUUCAGUCUCUCUGCCUUAAAGCGGUGAAUGAUAAGAAAUUAAAGUCAACAAAUUGUGUAACACAAACAAAUAACAACAGUAAAAGCAAGCAACAAAUGAAUUAAAAAAAAUGUAAAAUAAAAAGUUGAAAAAUGAUUUUUUUCUUCUUAUCAUUGUGGAUAUUAUUCGAAGGUGGAUAAAGGUUGGCGAUGACGAUUAAUCUUGUCACAUGGAUACAAUCAAAGUUUACAUUCUUUUGUGAACAUAUUAUAUCAGAAUUUCAAUUGAUUGAUCUUU